GUGAAUGCGCAUAUGAAACUGGUGGGGUUCGGUACCUCCAACAAGGUUAAGAACCACUGGUCUAAAGCUUACCACAUACUUAACAUUAGUGUCCCACAGAGAUGCGCCGUAUAGGUGUCCAAGUUCCCCAGCUCACUAAACACACGUCUGAUUUGCAUGGUUGCCUACAUACGGUGCAAAAGAAGUUCAAUAUCCAUGCAUUGGAAAGGACUCCACGAGCACUCUAGAGAGCCAUUCUCAAGGGUAUUUGGCCGACUAUUUCACUUGGGACAGAAGUCUUUGGAAGAAUUAGAAGUACCCACACUUCAUCCCACAACACGUGACCAACCAAUAGACUAACUGUGGGUGCACCCAUUUACACUGCUUGCUGGGCAGAAGCAGCGUGAUUAAGAAACGUGGUCAUUGUUUUAACUGUCGUUCCCAUGAAAUCAAAUGGGCGACCUCUAACUUUGCAAGUCCAGUGCAGUGUGCAACACCAUUACACCACAGCAGCGCCACGGCAGAGUUUUGGGGGGGGUGGAGCUGGUAAUUUGUGAAUGUCCAUGCAGUGUUUGUGACUAACAAUUGCUUUCCCCAUGUCAGAGUGAGUCUGUUCAUCCCACCAAAAACCCGAACACGCUGGGCGACCGCAACACGCUGCGACGGGAGUGGGCGAGAGCCGGGCGCUCUUUCAAGGAGCAGCCUCUUGACCUUGUGCGGUAAGUUCAUGCCCUAUCCACUGCUGGAUGAAGACUUCUCCAAGCAUUCACCAUCUCUCCCAGUCUCCUGAUGCAACGAUCCAUGUGGCUCCUGCACACAUGCUGAUUUUAUUACUUAAAUCUCUGUGGUGCACAUCCUCUCAGACGCAUUCCUUCUCUUGACUGCCACAUCAUUCUUAGUCUCGACCACAGGCCAUCGUACCUCUUAGGGACGUGCCCUGUCCAGGAAGGUCCUAAGGCUGGACUUGAAUGCUAGCUGGGAGUUGAUAGCACAGACGGUUGGGAAAAUGGAGUUCCAGAAUAGCAUUUGCCCAUGCCUUCCCUGCUCUUCACAUUUCCCUCCAGUCCAUGGUCCUUGCUUACAUAUUCGAUAGCUACACCACUGGUGCCAUGUGUGGUUGGUGAUGUUUGCGCUGUGUGUGCGAGUGAUGUUGUCGGCACAGGUCAUACUUCGGGUGGCAAGUGGGGCUCUAUUUUGCAUGGCUCGGCUUCUACACAAAGAUGCUGAUCUUCGCUGCAAUCGUCGGCCUGAUCUCCUUUUUCUUUGGAGUAUUCAGCAAGGACCGUGACAUCACUAGUGGAGAAAUAUGCAACAACACCAUCGGAGGAUCCCUGGUCAUGUGUCCCCAGUGUGACCAAAAAUGCACCUUUUGGAGGCUAAAUGAUACCUGCGAGACUGCGAAGACUUCACACAUGUAUGAAAAUCCGGUCACCAUAUUCUUCGCAGUUUUCAUGGGACUUUGGGCCACGGUGUUCCUGGAAUUUUGGAAGCGUCGCCAGGCAUCGCUCGCGUACCGCUGGGACCUGACGGCAGCGGCGCAGGAGGGAGACCCCAUCCGGCCCGAGUACCUGGCUCGCUGCACGACCACGAAAUGUAACAUCAUCACCAUGGAGGAGGAGCCUCAUAUGCCUAAGAGGAUACUGAGGUUCCGUUACUGCCUCUCUGGGAUCAUGGUGUUGUUCUGGAUCCUCCUGAUUCUUGCUGCAAUUUUGGGUGUGGUUGUUUACCGCCUGUCCAUCUUUGGCAUACUCUCCUCGAGUAUCCCCAAUCAUGUGACCAAGAUCAAGGUGAUCGGUGCCCUACUCACACCUGAUAUGGUUACCACCAUCACGGCCUCCAUCCUCAACAUCGUAAUCAUAUUACUACUCAACAAAGGUUACGACAAGCUGGCCCUCGUCCUCACUGAUCUGGAGAUGCCCAAGACGCAAGGCGAAUUUGAGUAUCGGCUGACGUUCAAGAAAUUCUUAUUUCAGUUCGUCAACUUCUACUCGGCGUCUUUCUACAUUGCAUUUUUCAAAGGGAAAUUUAUCGGCUUCCCCGGAAGCUACACUUACUUUGGAAAAUGGAGAAUCGAGGAGUGUCCCCCAAACGGCUGUCUCUUUGAACUGACUUCUCAACUCACUGUCAUCAUGGUAGUGAAGCAGAUGGUUGGCAAUUUUCAGGAGGUCAUCAUCCCGUAAGUAUCGCAUGAACACAUGAAAGCUGUGAAGUCUGAUUACGGCAUUUCCUCGUGUAACGCGGUAGAUGCGUUUCUGAAAAUUUCCGCGUGAAGUAAAAAGGUGCAAAGUAAGGAAUUACUGAGUUAAUCACAUUUGCACAGUAAAAUCAACCUGCAGUCAUCCCAUGGUGGGAUAAAUAACUCAGGCUAGGCUGCCGUGUUACUGUAUCAUUCGGCAUACUUUAUCAAACUGCUCAGCCGCGCAACUCAAGACAGUCGUUCAUCGUCGACUGCUCAGGAACGCAUUAUAAUGGCCGCGUUCGGCGUUUUAACAGUGUGCAUUCCACAUUAUAAUGGACACGUUCCACGUUGUGUGAAAAGUUUUCCCAAAUAUAAGAACCAUGUUUCAAUGAAAAUGUGUUGUGUGAAAACGCAUUCAGCGAAAACUCGGGUCGACAGCUUGUUAGCAGUGUGCACUGGUUAAGCAGUGAACACCAGUCAACUGGACAAAGUUCACCUCGUUAGUAUCAUGCGAUAUUCCGAUCAGACGCUUCGUACAUAGUUUCAUAAUAUUAGACAAGCAACUCCCAUGACUGAGAGAGUGUAGUGGAUUGACAACGAGCUAAAUGAAAAACAGCUACUACUUAGGUUUUAGCAGUUGUUUUGGUACAGCUCUCUGACAUGUUUUGUGUCAUACCGCAUAUUGUUUGGCAUGUCUUGACGUUUCGCUCCACGUGCUUGGGAUGUUCACAUGAUACAACCUGAAAACACAGUGGAAAGCUAUGAAAUAGCCAACCUAGAGUUGAUGAACAAAUGGAUAUACACGUGUAAGGGUGUCUCUGUGUCUGCACAUGCGUACCUCCCUCCACAAUUCCCCAGAUGGUUCAGCAAUUGGUGGGCCCAGCGUCGGGCCAAGCUAAGGCCUGAGGCUGUCUACACGCGCUGGGAGCAAGACAUGGACCUACAGCCCCAGAGCCCACUUGGACUCUUUGAUGAAU